AUGGCCUCCUUCGCACCUCUCCGCAGCGGCCUCCGCCAAACCCUCACCACCUCCACACCCGCCGCCGUCACAAUGACCACCACGACAACCCGCUCCCUCUCAACCACAACCUCCCUCGCCGCCCGCAAAUCCAAGUCGGACAACGUCAUCAACCCAGAAUACGUCGCCCGUAUAGCAAACAUUCGUCAGCAGCUCUUCGCUGAGGCGCCCCCGGCGCUGCGCAUGGCUCGCAACCGCCAUCUCCGCCACUGGACCAUCCACCGCGCCUGGCUCCUCCUCCAGCGUCAGCAGCGUGAGGCCCGCGAGAGGGAGCUCCUCCGCAUCCAGCAGAGCAUGUACACCGCCAACGAACAGCUCCGCACCACGGCUGGUCCCGGAACCAGGGAGGAAGGGUGGCUGUACCGUGUCGCCCAGGAGAAGAAGGGCGUCUACGGACCUAAUGCCGUGCCGAUUGAGUACGCGCGCUACCAGAGCGAGACGCCUGCCCGACAGGCGUGGAACCACGAGUGGAAGCGGUAG